AUGUCACGCUUGCGGGAAAAAUUGGCCACAUUCGGAGAGUAUGUAAACAAACUCGUUGCAAUCUUACACAGCCAACUGCUUCAAACGACACACCUUGUGCUCUCUCUACGUUCUGAAGGCCCAGCCACCCAAUUUCUGUACCGAGAUGUGAAAUUACAAUCUGGUACAACUCACAAAUUCAUUGUUGACACGGGAAGUACGGAACAUAUAAUUUCUAAUGCUAUGCUUUGGUCCAUACGCCCCCAAGCAAAACCCCAACCGACAUCCAAGCGAAUUCUUGGUGCAACUAGACACCGAUUACCAUUGAUUGGCGAGGUUUCGUUGAUGGUUCACUCAGCAGAAAACCGCCUUGUCCCAAUCUGCUUCCUUAUUGCGGAAAAGAGUCCAUCCAUACUUGGCCUAAUUGCAAUUCGCGCUCUGAACCAUUAUAUGUCGCUCCAUAAUAGUUCCCUGCCCAAUGUGCACACCCGUCUACAGCGACUGAUUGUGCAAUUUUCAAAUAACACAGGAGGCAUGAAAGUUCGACUGGCCAAACUGAAAUUUAAGGGAGAACCCAUCUUUUUGAAACGCCGUGUCAUCCCCAAUGGCCAGCAUAAAGGUGUGUUGAAAGCUCUGGAGAAAAUGGAGCAUGACGGCAUCCUCACCCGAGUAACAUCCAGCGCGUGGGAAACACCAAUUGUGAUCGCAAUUAAAAGUGAUGGUAAGACACCGAGAAUUUGUGGUGACUACAGACUAACACUCAACUCCCGGCUGCGAAAGUGUGUGACCACUACUAUGGAACCAGAAGUCUUCAUGAAAGCUUCACAUGGCAGCACAUGUUUUUCGAAGAUUGGCUUCGCUGACAUCUACCUCCAGAUCCCGCUUGAUCCCGCAUGCCACCAAUUCACCACGAUCAAUACAUCAUGGGGAUUUUACCAGUACAACUUUCAACCAUUUGGUCUCCACACAUCCUCCGGCAUAUUCCAGGCGGCCAUAGAUGAAGUCAUUCAUGGACUUAAUGGCGUCCUAGCUUACCAGGAUGAUGUCAUUGUUUUUGAUGCAACGAAAGCCGAACAUGACGAACGUCCCACUAAUCUCCUGGAAUGUUUCGCUCAGAAGAACGUGUCAAUUCGUGCUUCCAAGUGCAUAUUCAAUUCUCCAGAAUUGGAGUUCCUGGGCUUCAUAGUUGAUGAAAAAGGCUACCGCCCUGAUCCAAGUUGCUUUCGUCUACUGACUGAAUUGGAGUCACCAAGGGACCAAAACCAACUCAGAUCCAUCAUAGGAUGCCUCCAAUACCAUUCGCGUUUCAUCGCUAACUUCGCCACAAAAGCCCAACCGCUGUUUGCCGCCCAGUCAAGAGCAGACUGGAAAUGGACGGCCGAGUGUAAACGAAUUCUGCGUAAAACCAUACAAAUGAUAACAAACCGACCGGUACUUGCCUCGUGCUCUCCGACGAAACGUCCAACUCUGAUUACCGACUCAUCAGACGUGGGCAUUGGUGCUGUACUCGAACAAGAUGGAUGUCCGAUUACCUGCAUUUCUCUUCUACUGAAUGCAGCGGUGCGAAGAUAUUCGCAAAAGCGGAAAGNGCGGAAAGAAGCGUUGGCUGUUUACUGGGCCGUCAGACGCCUGCACAAAUACCUUGUGAGACUGCGCUUCACCAUACUUACUGACCAUCAAUUCAUACAAUAA